GUGCUCGGGUAUUUUCGGUAUCACCCGGAGCGACGGAGGGCAGAGCGAGCGAGCGAGCUCGGCGCUCGAGACAGCGCCAUUCAUCCAAGAGGACCGAGAGCACACCUGGUCGGACCGCAGAGAGCAGUUUAGCGUCUGAAACAACUUCCCACAGCACCCCGGCUAAUCACUUGAGGAAUGCUGUGGCAUUAGACCCGAAACUCCAUAUAAACUUUAGGUUCAUUCUCACCAACUUUUCGAUAAAGGGAUAAUGGCAACGGGUGGAUUUAAGUCAAGCGCCACGACUGACUUUUUGGAGGAGUGGAAGGCAAAACGGGAGAAAAUGAGAGCCAAAAUGCUGGGGGACAUAGCCGCAGCGACUGGUGCUCCUCUGGUUGGCAAUAACCCAAACAGUAACCGCCACACCGAGCUCACCAAUAACGGAAACCCGGAGAGAAGCGCCUCUGCUGGGAACUGCCUCCCCUCCUCCUACACGGUGGCUCGGUCCUCCUCCGGCACGGCUUUAAAGAGACCCGAGGAGGAAACGCACCACCCCGCUGCCCAACCUGCUGCCCAACCUGCUGCCCAGCCCGCUGCCCACCCUGCUUCACCCACCCCGCCGGGGAGCAACCUGAAGAAGGCCCCGCCUCAGACGGAGAAGGAUCAGUGCGCUUCCCCGGACUCCAGCUCCAUGGCUUGCAUUGACAGUGACAAGGGAAGCCCAUCGCCCAGUAAAGUGAAAGAGAAGAAUAGCUCUGGCCCCAGUGCUAGGAAGGGGAAAGGACAGAUCGAGAAGAGGAAGCUGAGGGAAAAGAGGAGAUCAACAGGUGUUGUCAGCAUACCAUCAACUGAGAGCCUGGAUGAACUGGAGGAUGAUGACGCCGUGGAGAAGAACAGGAAGGAGGAGAAGGAGCUGGUUCAGGCCAACACUUUCCAGAACGAGGCCAUGGCGGCUGACCCCGCCACCGGACACUUAAUGGAAACCUCCAGAUCUGGGAACGGCCGUCACAAGAGCUCUUCAGGGCCGGGUUCUGAGGAGGAGGGGGGGGGGAACAGCAGACAACGACACAACCGUCACGCCAGAGAUGAGACUUUAGAGAAGAGGAUGGAGGAGCUGGAGGCGGAGCUGGUCAGAGAGCGCCAGGAGAACGAGCGGCUGCUGAAGGCUCACGAGGACAAAGACGACCUCAUCGGGAAGCUGAAGGAGGAAAUCGACCUGCUGAACAGAGACCUGGAUGACAUCGAGGAUGAGAACGAGCAGCUGAAAGAGGAGAACAAGACUCUGCUGAAGGUGGUGGGUCAGCUGACGAGGUAGAGACCCCCCCCCCACCCUUGAAGAUCUGCUUCCUCCUGACCCCCUGCAGCAUGUCCUUAAAUCGGUUUAAUUCUGUCUCUCUGUGUGUAAGAGGUGAAACUGUAAAGUAGAGGAGCCUCACAGCCCUGAGUACAUCCCCCCCCCGAGGAGGAUUUAUCCCAUUGUUGGUGAAGGCUGAGUGAACUAGAGGCAGUCUCACGGGAUUGAUUGUCAUCGUAUACAUAUUUAAUGUAAAUGUAUUGUAUAUAGGCCAUUUAGAUUGUUCAUUUUGGGGGGAUAUUUUUUUUUUGAUAAGGUCUAUAAAAGCAAAGGUAAAAUGAAUGUAUGUGCUCAAAAACAAGCACACAAAGUCUUUUGAAACUUGUAUAACGGUUUAAUGAAAAAUCCUCCGUAUCGCAGCCGUCACCCAGGUAACAUGAAAUCUCCAGUGUUAUUUCAAUUAAGAGCAGUUUUAUCAGUGUAACAAUGGAGCUUCUUUUGAGGACCAAAUUCGACAUCACUGCUACUGUACCGUCAGCCAAAGUCUCACAAUACAUGUCAGGGUAUUCUGACAUUUCUAUCCAAAUAAUGUUUUAAAGCUUGGUGCUAUCUAAUUGAACAUGAGUGCUAGAGUUACUUCCAUCCAAUCAUUUCUCGUUAGACUAAAUUCCAAUUCGGAAAUCUACAAAUGAAGAACAUUGUAUUAAAAAUCAUUCCAGUUUUAACGUUAACAAGACUUUAUAUGAAUCAUGUGCUUUACGCAUUUCAUUCCUAACAUCUGAGUAUAUAUAUAUGUGGAAUCUUUUUUUAAAGCUCUCUGUAAUUGGUUUACAAGUUAUGUCUUUGCAAUAUUUGAUAGGCUGCUCUGAUUAUGGCAUCUAAGAUGUGUGGAGUGAGCUACAGUGCAUUUUUGUGUGUAUGGUAACCAAAUGAACUGAAGGAACAUACUAUUUGAAAUGCAUCUUUUUGUUUACUCAAGGGAACAGGCUUGGCUGGUAGUGGCAUUUUACUUUCUGUAUUUAGAGCAAAUAAUCUGUAGGUUUUAGAAGGCUCUGCUUCCACAAAUAUCACGUGUUUUGGGGGUAGACGUAAUCCCCUCCGCAGACAGUCAUCACAGAUCUCUUUCCAUGACAUUAUGCAUGUACAGAAGAUUAAGUCAUUUAAUAAAAGUUUGAUUAUCUCUCUCA